GACUUCUCCAUCAUCAUCGAUCACCUCCUUGUCGUAACACAACAUUUCAUGCAAAACUAUUAAGAUUCCGAUAUCCGCAUCCGACAUCUCAGCCUUCCCAGCGCUAUUCGAAAUCAUCAAAAGUGGCGGUCUUCUUGGAGAUAUCCAUUUCCUUUCUCUCGUUCCCGAAUGAUGCAAUAACAUCGCUCGAAUAUCCCCCCCACCAUCGACCCCUGCUCGCUUUACGCAGCAGUCAGGACGACACUGGUGUCAGCUAACACGGUGGGUAUCUCCUCGAGCCGUGGCAAGUCUUGUCAGUCUCGAGCCAGUAUAUACGAGCUCAAGAUGCCGACUCUCGCGGUUACCAAUUUCAACAUAGUCUGCUCGGUACUUGGCGGCUUCAUUACCCUUUUCGGCCUUGUAUCAUACUUGUUCAAGGAGAAGUUCUACUUGUCAGAAGCUUUAAUCUCACUCCUGGCUGGCGUCACUUUCUCCCCGCAUGCUACAAACUUCGUCAAACCCCUCGAUUACACUGGCUCGCAGGCGAAUCUGAAUGCUGUCACUCUAUACUUCAGCCGUCUUGUGCUUGGCGUACAAUUGGUCCUUGCAGGCGUCCAAUUGCCAAGUCGGUACCUCCAGAAAGAAUGGAAGCCGCUGGCUCUAUUGCUCGGACCUAUCAUGGCAUGUAUGUGGGUAGCCAGCAGCUUGUUGAUAUAUGCAAUGGUCCCGCACCUUCCAUUUCUUCAUGCUCUAGCUGUUGGGGCUUGUGUCACCCCUACGGAUCCUGUCUUGUCAAACAGUAUCGUGAAAGGUAAAUUUGCGGAUAAGAAUGUUCCAAAAGAUCUCCAGAAGAUCAUAGUUGCGGAGUCUGGAGCCAAUGACGGCCUUGGCUACCCCUAUCUUUUCCUGGCGCUCUACCUAAUCAAGUACACAGGUGAAGGAGGCCUCGGGCAGGAAGGGGGCGUUCGAACAGCUAUUGGCCUCUGGUUCGGUGAAACAUGGGGCUAUACGAUCAUUCUCAGCAUUGUAUACGGGGCGACGGUGGGCUGGAUAGCCAAGGAACUCCUUCACUGGGCCGAAGAAAACAAGUUUGUUGACCGAGAGAGCUUCUUGGUCUUUGCUAUCACCCUGGCACUGUUCAUCGUUGGAACUUGUGGAAUGAUAGGCAGCGACGAUGUAUUGGCUUGCUUCAUUGCCGGUAACACCUUUACAUGGGACGAUUGGUUUCGCCUCGAAACACUCGAUGACUCGUUGCAGCCAACCAUCGAUAUGCUGCUGAACCUUUCAGUCUUUAUUUGGUUCGGAGCUAUCUGUCCUUGGUCUCUGUUCGCCCACAACUUAGUUAUCCCCAUCUAUCGAUUGAUCUUCCUUGGUAUUCUGAUCCUUUUGUUGAGACGUCUUCCUAUUGUAUUUGCUAUGCACAAGCUCAUUCACCAAAUCGAAGAGAAGAGACAGGCCAUUUUCGUUGGGUUCUUUGGCCCUAUCGGCGUAUCUGCUAUUUUCUAUCUUUACAUCAGCCUCGAGUUCCUCGAAGGGAUCACCGUUGAUGGGGUUCAGAGAGGAGAUGCUGAGGAAUUGGGCGAAAUCAUCACCGUUGUUGUUUGGUUCCUCGCCAUCUGCAGCAUUGUCGUACAUGGUCUGUCCGUCCCCCUCGGAAAGCUUGGCUUCUUCCUACCGCGGACUUUGUCACGAGCGUUUUCCUCCCAGCCAAAUGAGUCGGGUUCCUUUCAAGCCGGCGACCAGAUCCGAAUACCGCCACUUGGUGUUCUGCGGGAACGGAUAAGAAAGUCUAACCACUCGGGACAGUCGACACCUCGAUCAGUUUCUGGUCAGCGGCCGCUUUAUAGAAUUGGUGGGACUAUAAUUCGAGAUGGCCAUGCAGCGGCCAGCUCUCCACCCCCAGUCGAGUUAAAUAACGUGCGUCCUUCGACACCCCGCGACGUGGCUCUCGAGCGAACGAUCCGCUUUCCUGAUGAAGCGCCUGAGCUAGCUCACGCUGCAAAUGACAAAUUCUCGUGAAAUCAAGAGUAAAGGAAAGCGCCGGGUUAUCCUAUCUGGCAGUUGGUACGAGAGCGAGUUUUUAUGUUGCAUGUUAAACGCCUAGUGAAGGUUGAGGAUGUUGGAAGGUUUCCGUAACAAAAUCUCCUGCGGGUACAAGAGUACUUAUUCGGUACAUAUUGUGGCAACGGAUAUCGGCAAUUUCUCUUUAUGUAGAGCUUUAGCAAUUGGUGCAACACGGCUAUAGAAUAAAAUCUUCUGACUUUAUCC